CCGGAGCUGCGCCGGGAGGUGGAGGCGGGAGCGGGCGGCGGCGGCGGCGCGCGGAGACGCAGCAGCGGAGCGGCAGCAUGUCGGCCGGAGGGCCAGUCCCGCCGCCCCCGAACCCCGCCGUGUCUUUCCCGGCACCCCGGGUCACCCUGCCCGCCGGCCUCGCCAUCCUGCGGACCUACUCGGGUGCCUUCGUCUGCCUGGAGAUUCUGUUUGGGGGCCUCGUCUGGAUUUUGGUUGCCUCCUCCAACGUUCCUCUACCUCUGCUACAAGGAUGGGUCAUGUUUGUGUCUGUGGCAGCCUUUUUUUUCUCCCUCCUCUUUCUGGGCGUAUUCCUGUCUGGCAUGGUGACUCAAAUUAAUGCCAACUGGAACUUGCUGGAUUUUGCCUACCAUUUUACAGUGUUUGUUUUCUACUUUGGAGCCUUCUUAUUGGAAGCAGCAGCAACGUCCCUGCACAAUCUGCAUUGCAACAUGACCGUGUCUGUACAACCUCUCCUGAGUAAUAACCAGUAUAACAUAAACGUAGCAGCCACAAUUUUUGCCUUUGUGACAACAGUAUGUUAUGGUUGCAGUUUGGGUCUGGCUUUACGAAGAUGGCGACCGUAACACUCCUUGGAAACUGACAGUCCUGUGUUAGUUUCAUUUGUCUACUUCAUACGUCUGAUCAAUUUGGAUACCAUUUUGUCCAGAUGCAACAACAUUUUAAAAACAAUUUGUUUGAUCUAGAGAGAGAAUCUAAGGGCAAGUUUUGGUUUAUUUCAUGGAUGGAAUUUUAUUUUUAUUAUGAUGUUUAACAGAGAAAUGGCCUUUAACUUUCUUUCUUCCUGCCUUUCUUUUUGUAAGAUAAUGAUCUUUCAUGUUCAUGAUAUAUACAGAUACUGUUCAUGUAAAAGUAGAACCAUACUGUUUGGUUGCUGAGUCACCUGAACCUUAAUUUUAAUAGGCAACAAAAACUUCCUAAAAAAACGUAUUUCAAAUCACUUCCUACUGACCUGUAUCCUGUAAUGGAAAAUAAGAAUGGCAUGCCUUUUUAAUAAAGGACCAAUGAUAAAUAUUUUAGACUCUGCAGGCAAUAUAGCCUUUGUGGUCACUAUUCAAUUCUGUUGUAGCAUGAAAGCAGCUAUAGACAAUCUGUAAAUGAAUGGAUGGCUGUGUUUUAGUAAAACUUUAUUUAUAAAAACAAGGCAGGGUAGAUUGGCCCACACACUCUAGCUUAUUGAUCUCUUGUGUGAAGCUUUUGUUAUAUAUUCUGUAUUUUAUUGAACUGAUGAUGACAGGUUUUAAACUUUAGUAAGUCAAGCCACAUAAUAUUUAAUCUCAAUACCCAGGAAUCACAUUGGUGAUUCACACAAAAGGUAAGUCAAAUACUUACCUUUUGAGGGACAAAUAGUUUCUCAAGAUAAUUCAAGCAGAGUCUUAGGUAUAAGAAAAAUUAAUCUAUGAGGUAAACCCUAGUUGCUUAAUCAAAAUAAGAAUCUCCUAACAACUGAGCAAGACUAUCACUGGAGAGUCCAUAGAACAAGAUCCAGAGAGAUCAUUAAUUAUGAUUGGAACUGGUAUCUUCUACUUAUGUCUUAUUCUGGAUUUAUUUAUGCUUCAGAAUACAAUUGUAUAUCCUGUGCAUGAAUAUACAGAUAUUUAUGUAUGCAUAUGUACAGCUUUUCCAAAUAGAGCUAUCUGAAGAGUUAACUUUUUACUUCUAAUUAUUUUUCAUUGCUUUCUGCAUUAUAUUUGAAUGGUGUGUUAAAUAUAACAUAAAGUUGUAGAUUCUUACAUGUUUUGAUAGUAGCCUGGACAUCUACAUUGGUGAGAGAUGAAAAGAAUCAGUCUUGAAAUAAUAGCCAGCACACACUGUCUCUGGCCAAAAGCACAGAAGUAUUUGACCCUAACCUGUAGAGAACCUGGUCAUUAAAGAGAGGUGCCAUAAUGGAUUUAAUUGGGGAAAUAAGUGUUGGGCUGCAGUUCCCAUCAUCAUGCUAUCCAGGAAAUGUACUUGUCUCCUGCCCCAAGAGGGCUACUUCUGGGGAAAAAGGACUGUAGGUUGCUCCCUUCUUCCAGCCCUCAGCUCUCUGGCUGAAUCAUCCCAUGAGUGCCAAGUAUAAUCUGGGCUAUUAACUUUAAUGGAACACAUAAGAACCAUGAAUUAGGAAUGAUCAGUGUUCAAUGAUCAAAUAAAUGCUGUUUAUGUAAUAAUCUCCUAGAAAGAAGGACCUUCCUAUAGCUUGGUUUUUGAUAAAAAUCAUAAAGAGAAGACAUGUUUCAGUAUGUGUCUUGAGGAAAUGAGUCUUAUGACUUUAUACUCUUGUCAAAUCAUUGCUAAAACAUCUGACUUCCUGGAUUUUUCUAGCUCUAUACCACACACCUAAACCUGUGUUAUGAUUUAUAUAUUACAAAGUCAUAAAUGUGCCAUAAGGGUAUAUAGUCCAUUCUAGUCAGAAAUGUUUAAAGUUAGUCUGCUAGGAUUUAGUUGUGAGAUUUUAUUUUUACUUCCAAGGUAUAACAGGUCUGUGCUUGGUGGCAUUAAAUUAAAUGAUUUCAUUAAAAUGCUUUGGUGGCACGUCUAUAAAUGGAUUGCUUCUAGAUCAUUAAGAGCCAAGCCUAAAACUCAUCUAACUGUGACUACUUAGAUUUGUAGAUUAAUCAUAUUCUAGAUUUGUGAGUUAAGUGACAAAGCACUUGAACAAAAAUUGUGGCAUUUAAGAAUUUCUUUAUGUAUCUUAGCUGUAAAAAUGAGAAAGUGUUGGUUGGUUUUAAAAUCUGGUAACUCCUAUAUGAAAAGAAAUUUAUUUUAUAAGUGUUAUGACUCUAAUAAAGUAUUCAUUUGAUAA